AUGAAUCUUGAGGAAUAUCGCCAGCAUGGCAAAGAAAUGGUGGAUUACAUAGCUAAUUACCUUGAAACAAUUCGAACAAGACGAGUUUAUCCGGCUGUAUCACCUGGAUACUUGAGAAAUAUUUUACCAAUAUCAGCUCCAGUUGAAGGUGAACCAUGGGAAAAUAUUUUUGAGGAUAUUGAAAAAUGUAUUAUGCCUGGGGUAACUCAUUGGCAAAGUCCUUAUAUGCAUGCAUAUUUUCCGGCACUUAACUGUCCAGCUAGCUUGUUAGCAGACAUGUUAGCUGACGCUAUUAAUUGUCUUGGAUUUACUUGGGCAUCAAGUCCAGUUUGUACAGAAUUAGAAACGAUUGUAAUGAAUUGGCUUGGAAAAAUGAUUGGAUUGCCUGAAGAUUUUUUACAUUGUCCGGGUGGAUCAGGUGGUGGAGUAAUACAAACAACUUCCUCGGAAUCAACUUUGGUUUGUCUUUUAGCUGCUAGAACACGAGCUAUACGUGCUAUCCAAGAGGAUGAGCCCGAUAAGUCACCAGGAGAAAUUAAUUCUCAUCUGGUUGCUUAUUGUUCGGAUCAGGCACAUUCUAGUGUAGAAAAAGCCGGACUUAUUGGGCUAGUACAAAUGCGAUAUAUCGAAUCAGAUGAUAAAUUAAGUAUGAGAGGAGACAUGUUAAUAGAAGCUAUCGCACGGGAUCGUGAAGCUGGACUGGUGCCAUUCUUUGUAUGCGCAACUCUUGGUACAACUGGCGCAUGUUCUUUUGAUAAUCUGUGCGAAAUUGGGCCGAUUUGUGAAAAAAAUUGCAUUUGGUUACACAUCGACGCUGCUUAUGCAGGAAGUGCUUUUGUCUGUCCUGAGUUUCGUGGAUGGUUACGAGGUGUCGAAUUUGCUGAUUCAAUUGCAUUUAAUCCAAGCAAAUGGUUGAUGGUUCACUUUGAUUGUACAGCGAUGUGGGUAAAAAAUAGUCAAGCACUUCAUAGGACAUUUAAUGUUGAUCCUUUAUACUUAAAACAUGAAAAUUCUGGACUUGCGAUUGAUUAUAUGCAUUGGCAAAUUCCAUUAUCAAAAAGAUUCCGUGCUCUUAAACUUUGGUUUGUAAUCAGAAAUUACGGAAUAACUGGAUUACAAAAACAUAUCCGUGAAGGCGUUCGUUUAGCUCAAAAAUUUGAAGCUCUAGUAUUGGGUGACUCGAGAUUUGAAAUUCCAGCAGCAAGGCAUCUUGGCAUGGUUGUUUUUCGUCUUCGUGGAGAGAAUUCAUUAACAGAGAGACUGCUUAAAAAAAUGAAUAGUACUGGCAGAGUUCACUGUGUUCCUGCUUCAUUGCAUGGAAAAUACGUCAUACGUUUCACUGUUACUUCAACCAAUACAACAAAUGAAGACAUUUUACGUGAUUGGGCUGAAAUUAAAACUACUGCUUCUGAGAUUUUAUCAUCAGCUACUGUAUCACCGGCUAGAGUUAAAGUUUCUCUUGCAGAAACGCGUCAAAAAAAUGAAAAUUUUGGAUCAAGUUUAUUGCUUGCUAAUUCCCCAAUGUCACCAAAAAUAGUUAAUGGUAGUUUUGCAGCAAUAUAUGACACAGCUGACGUUUUUAAUGACUGUAUGAAGACAUUUGGACAACUACGUUUAGAGCCACGUGAUAGUCCAGCAAUGCGACGUCGUAUCCGUGGUAUUUUAAUGUCAGGUAAACAAUUUUCACUAGAUUCACGAAUGGACUUAGUUCAGGGAUAUGCGUCUUGUGGACGUCCUUUGUCGGAACCUAAUACAACACUACCGUUAAUGAAAGAAGAUGAAGAUUAUAAUGGAAAAAAUGAUUCAAAUCUCAGUAUCGACAAAACUGAUAAAUCUAUCGGUAAGAAUGUAUCAACAAACAGCAAUAAUAUACAAGAGUGAAUAAUAAAAAUAAAA